AUGUACGCGUACCUCGCGCUCGUUUCGCUUGCAGCGUCCGCACUUACCGCGCCAGCUCCUCUUUCACGUCUUGGCUACGAGAGAGUGAUAGAUACUAGAUACAACCAAGUGCCGAAGCUACUGGAUUAUGUGCUCAGUGACGAUUAUCUCAACUCGCAAAAGAACAGAGUUAAGCUAAUUACAAGGCUCAGACCGGAGGACGCCGUUGUUGACAAUGUCAUAUUAGAAUCUAACGUAGUUAAGAUAGUGAAGCCUGUUAAAAAAUUCGAAGAUGGAGAACUUGUGAGACACCGACGGGGCUACAACCUUGAAAACGUGAAUGUGCCCGCUAGGUAUCCCUACCUUCCCGUAGUGAGAAACAACCGUUUUCGCCGCUGGGGC